AGCCUCUGCGGAGGCCCAUAUAAAAAAGAAACAGUUUUUUUUUAAUUAUUCUUCUUCCUCCUAAUGCGCUCACUGGUCACUGCCCACCCAGAUUCCUCCGCCGGCGCCGGCGCCGGCAGCGGCAGCGGCGGCGGCAGCGGCGGCGGGGUACAAAGACGCUCCAACCUGACGAGCGGUCGCCUUCCUCCCAACCCCACCAAGCCCGCACGGGAGGGAGGGAGGGAGGGAGCCCUCUCUCAAGCAAGUCCAGGCCGGCCAUGUCGUCACGCCGUGUCCGCGUCACCGGCCUUGGGCGACCCGACGCCGGCGUCUCGCGCACAAAGAAGCAGCAGCAGAAUCAGGGUCUUCCUCGGCAACAUCAACAGCAACAGGAAGCUGGUGGUGGUGGACGAGCUGGUAGGGAGCACGCUCACCACCUGUUCGACGAAUUGCUUCGCCGAGACACCACCUCCAUCUUCGACCUGAACAGCGCCCUCUCCGCCGUCGCCCGUGAAAGCCCCGCCGUCGCUCUCUCCCUCUUCAACCGCAUGCCCCGAGCCGACUUAUGCACGUACAGCAUCGUCAUUGGCUGCUGCAGCCGCGCCGGCCACUUGGACCUCGCUUUCGCCGCCCUCGGCCGUGUCAUUAGGACUGGAUGGACGGCGCAAGCAAUCACCUUCAGUCCUCUGCUCAAGGGCCUCUGCCAUGACAAGAGGACCAGCGAUGCAAUGGACAUUGCGCUGCGACGAAUGCCUGCCCUGGGUUGCACGCCGAAUGCAUUCUCCUACAACAUCCUUCUCAAGGGCCUCUGCGAUGAAAACAGGAGUCAACAAGCUCUCCACCUACUCCAUACGAUGAUGGCUGAUGAUACUAGAGGAGGAUGCCCACCCGACGUGGUUUCAUACACCACAGUCAUCAACGGCUUGCUUAGAGAGGGUCAGCUGGACAAAGCUUAUUGCCUGUUUGAUGAAAUGUUGGAUCAGGGGAUGUCGCCUAAUUGCAUCACGUAUAAUUGUCUUUUGCAUGGAUAUUGCUCAUCAGGAAAGCCCAAAGAGGCCAUUGGGAUUUUCAGAAAGAUGUGCAGAGAUGGUGUUGAACCGGAUGUCGUCACUUAUAACACGCUCAUGGUCUAUCUCUGCAAGAAUGGAAGAUCCAUGGAAGCUAGAAAAGUUUUUGAUUCUAUGGUCAAGAAGGGCCACAAGCCUGACAGUUCUAUAUACGGUACUCUGCUUCAUGGGUAUGCUACUGAAGGAUAUCUUGUUCAGAUGCACCAACUCUUGGAUGUGAUGGUACGAAACGGUACGCAACCUGAUCACUACAUCUUUAACAUAUUAAUAGGCGCAUACGCUAAACAUGGAAUGGUAGAUGAGGCCAUGCUUGCAUUUAGCAAAAUGAGGCAGCAAGGAUUGCACCCUAAUAUAGUCACCUAUGGAACAGUAAUGGACGCGCUUUGCAGGGUAGGCAAAGUGGAUGAUGCUAUGUCCCAAUUCGACAGGCUCAUCUCUGAAGGACUAACUCCUAAUGGUGUUGUUUUUAGAACCUUAAUUCAUGGCCUCUGUGCCUGUGAUAAAUGGGACAAGGCUGAGGAGUUGGCUGUUGAAAUGAUCGGUCGAGGCAUCUGUCCCAACACCAUUUUCUUCAACACAUUGUUGAACCACCUAUGCAAAGAAGGAAUGGUUACAAGAGCCAAAAACAUCUUUGAUUUGAUGGUACGCGUAGAUGUGCAGUGUGAUGUCAUUACAUACACCACACUCAUAGAUGGAUAUUGCUUAGAUGGUAAGGUGGAUGAAGCAACAAAGUUACUUGAAGGUAUGGUGUUAGAUGGGGUGAAACCUAAUGAAGUUACCUAUAAUACCAUUAUUAAUGGUUACUGUAAGAACGGUAGGAUAGAGGAUGCAUGUUCUCUUUUCAGACAGAUGGCAAGCAAGGGUGUUAAUCCUGGCAUUGUUAUCUAUAGCACAAUCCUCCACGGGCUGUUUCAGACUAGAAGAAUUGCAGCCGCAAAAGAACUCUAUCUCUGGAUGAUUAAAUGUGGGAUUAAGCUUCCUAUUGGAACGUACAACAUAAUCCUUCAAGGACUUUGCCAAAACAAUUGCACUGAUGAUGCCCUCCGAAUGUUUCACAACCUAUGCUUGAUUGAUUUCCACCUUCAGAAUAGGACUUUUAACAUUAUGAUUGAUGCGUUACUUAAAGGUGGCAGGCAUGAUGAAGCUAAGGAUCUGUUUGCUUCUCUCUUGGCUAGAGGUUUAGUGCCGAAUGUUGUGACCUACUGGUUAAUGAUGAAAAGUUUGAUAGAACAAGGGUUGCUAGAAGAGUUGGAUGAUUUAUUUCUUUCUUUGGAGAAGAAUGGUUGUACAGCUGACUCCCGAAUGCUAAAUGCUUUAGUUGGAAAGUUACCACAGAAAGGGGAGGUACGCAAGGCUGGGGUUUAUCUCUCCAAAAUUGAUGAAAAUAACUUCUCCCUUGAAGCUUCCACGGCUGAGUCGCUGGUUUUUCUGGUUUCAAGUGGCAAAUACGACCAACAUAUAAAUUCUAUCCCUGAAAAGUAUCGUCCUACUGCGAAAUCCAGGGCUGUUUUUAGUCAAAAAAAAAAUCCAGGGCUGUUUGAUGCUGCCGGUAGCUAUGGAGUUGUAACUAGACUUUAUUCUUCUUCUUAUAUCGAAUUAGUUGUGUAAAGAUGACAUUCUGGAGCUACAUGAUGGGAGAUUUCUCUCUCUCUCUCUCUAGCAUGAGUUUUUCAGAAGCUCUUUUGCUUGCAACUGCUUAUUGCCCACGAGUAAUGCUUCAACAAUCUCUCUGUAACAUUGAGAUCAACCCAGAUUUAAGCUGGUAAUUUCCAAGGGGUAUCAAUUCCUGCGAUCUCUGCUACAAUGGCUGGCAGCUCAGUUGUUUUGUACUAGGAUGCAACCUAUGUUUCAGAAAUAGCCAGUUUCAGUCUACUCACUGAUCAAUCUCCACUGGAUACUAUCUACUAACCAGCACAAUCACAAGCUACCUGGACGGUUUCUCAAGCAGAAGGUUCACUUACACACAAACUUCAGGAAAGUGACAGCUUCCGCUUCCUCCUUGCUAUGCUAUUUGUUUGUAUCAGUUCUUGCAUAUUCUACUCAGCAUAGAGCCCAAACACCAUACAUGACCACUUAAAGAACUUACCAACAGUAUCAAACACAUCAAUAUCUCAUGGAAGAACAUCAGAAUGAUUCCUCACCCCCCAAAAAAAAUACAAGUUGCAGAGAAAUUCAUGAACAUCUGUGCAGAACCUUUCUAUUUUCACAGGGGUGCAGAACUAAUCUUAACAGUGUAGUCUCAUAAAAGAAUAUUAUUUGCCCCGGGGAAAAAAAGAAACUUUCUUUCAUUACGCUCUGAAA